AUGAGGUGCAUGGAACCGACCAUCAAGGGGGUGUACAGGGUGGCAAAAAGCAUCAGGGACCAGUUUGCGGGUGGUGGCGAGGGAAAAGAGAAAGUCAUCACGCUGUUUGCGGCCUGCGACAACAAUCCGGAGAUUUUCAUCAGCAAGUUCUCCAUUGAGCGGGAGAAACAGCUCGAGUUGGAGACGCAGGUUGAUUUUGAAUUCCUUACCAAGCAGCAGAUGUCCGAGGAUCAGGGUAUGACCAAGGAGGAGAUCGAUGAGUGUGUUCAGAAGGCGCAGAAGGACCCCACGCGCAAAAUCCGGAAGCACCCCUACAAGGUUGGCCACCUGACCUACUAUUGCGAGAUCAAAGUGAAAGGCCACAACAGGAAGAGUGAUCGGGUGACAAUGACCGAGAGGAUGGAGACUGAAGCCUUUGGGGCUUCUCUAGACAUGGAGGUUGACUUGGAGGAAGCCCUCGAUCAAAGCUCAAGUUCGAGGCCCGAGACCCUCCAGGACAACUCCGAUGGUCUCGUCGCUUCGGGACCUUUGAAUGAGGACCUGAAUAAGCUCCUCAAGAAGUUGGGCUACCCAGAAGUGCAUGAUACCUCGAAGCCGUCAACAUUGGUCGACAAGGCUGUUCUAGCUUGCACUCGGCGGUUGAAGAAACUAUGGGAGAUGUAUGCGAAGAUCCGUGCGGUCUACAGUGACGUGGAUGCUUGCUGCGAAAAGAUGCAAGCCUUGAAGGCUGAAGGUGUGCUGGAUGGCUACACUGAUCAGCUCAUCACAUCCUCCGAGUUGGAGACCCGUGCCAGGGCUAUCCUCGCGACCCCGAAGGUGAAGUCCGAAGCCAGGAAGGCUCCCGCUUGUGUGAUCGGCGAGAUUGCUGAAGCGGUAGUUGCUGAUGGUAGUGCUACUCAGAACAUACGGGAGGCCGCGAAAGUGGACAAGAGCCAUAGUGAACGGAAUGCACACAGGCUGUUCAAUAGAUAUGGCUUGGCCCUCCGGGUUCCAAUCUCGUUUCUGGAUGUGCCGUCGAGCAACUGCGAGGACAGCAUAACGAUUCCGCACUUGAAGAUCACAGAUUUCCUGAAGCUUUUGCUUAACAGCUUCGAAGAAGUCUUGUUUGGGGGGCUGAAGGCGGAUUCCGAUGCUGCCCGAGAUCUUUGCAGUACGUUUUGGAGCCGUUAUCAGAAACAUCAUCCGGAACACGUGAUCUAUAGCGAAGUUGAUGCAAAGGAUAGAUCCAUGUGUAUCCCAGUUCUGGUUCACGGCGACAAGGGCAGAACAUUACAGAAAUCCCCGAUCUUUGUCAUGAGCUUUGAACUUGUUUGGGGGCUUCCGCUAGACAUGCUAAAGAAGGUUGCCUAUGAUACUCGUCGCAACACACGGCAUGACAUGCAUGAUGGGCAUCUGAAAUGGUCUUGUGGCCGCCGUGCAGCCGGGAAGCGGAGCUUCAGUCAGAUGUGCUUCGAUAGUUGCACUGUUCAUGAUCCUGCUGUUCGUCUGAACCCAAGAAAGAAAGGCAAUGCCCAACGCCACAACAAUCGUGGGCACAGUUACCUGAGCCGCUUCCUGAUUGCAGCAAUCCCUUCGAAAGUUUACAACAAGAAUGAAUCCGUUCUUCCAUCCUUGUUGAAGCAAGCAGCUGUGGAUCUGCAAGACUGUUUCCAGCAUGGCCUCGUGCACGAGAAAUCAGGUACACGGUACCGGUUUGUGUUCUUGGGGGCUAAAGGUGACGCCGAGUGGCAUUGUGAGGCAGGGUGCUUUACACGCUCGUACCAUCGAAGUGGCACAGUCCAUGCUGCUCCUAUUUGCCCGCUCUGUGAUGCUGGCGCCGAAGGCUUAAGCUACACAGAUGUAUCUGAUGCGCCCAAGUGGCUGGGCACCGUAGGAUCAUCAGUGCCAUGGGAAAGCACGCCGCCACUCAAUCUGGCCCCGUUCUCUACUACCUUUCCAGCCAACCUCUACAAGUAUGAUCCUUUUCAUGUUUUGAAAUUCGGAAUAUUCCGUGAUGCUGUUGGGAGCACGAUAGUGAGAUUGGCACUGAUGGGCUAUUUUGACUUUUCGGUGGGGGAGCCCAAGAACAUAACUCAACGUCUCAUCAGGGGGUUCUCACUCUACAAGUUGUGGUGCUUGGCUUCCGGCAAGAAUCCUUCGUUGAGAUGCUUUACAAAGGCGAACCUGAAGUUCGAGACCUCUUCCAAGUUUGCUUGGGUAAACUGUAAAGGAAGCGAGGUCGUCAUGCUGAUGCAAUGGCUAGACUUCCUUGUGCCCAAGCAUGUGGCUGAGCCAAAGCAGGCAUCCGAUCUGGUAUUCUUGCGAGCAGUAGCCCAGAUGAUCCGUGGGGGUUUGGACUAUGUCGGAAUCAUGCACAGUCACGGCAUUUGGCUCCCGUUGAACUGUGGCAAGGUUCAGCUACAUGCGGGUUUGGCUUUCGCUAGAGGGUACGCCUUCCUAGCUCAGCACCUCAUGGAUUGUCAAACCGCAGGGUUCCGUUUGAGACCGAAAUUGCACUACUUUAUGCACUUAUUGAUGCCCUUGAAGUCCCAGAUAGACAACGACGAUCCAUGGGUUCUCAACCAAGCCAUACACCUUUGCGAGGCAAAUGAGGAUUUCAUAGGCCGGCUAGCUAGGGUUUCGAGGAGAGUUCAUCCUUCCCAAGCUUCGCUCCGAACGACGCAAAGGUACUUGGUGAAGGUUCGUUUACUUCUUGAAAGGCUCCUCAAGUAG